AUGGACGCCAGCUGCCCGCAAGCAGCGGACAACUCCUUUGGCCCUGCCAUUUCUUGUCCGCGCGUAUUCGACUUCACCCUGGUGUUCGAGCAGAGCAUCCUCUCCAUUGGCCCCUCUGCCCUGUUCCUGCUGCUGGUGCCCUGGAGAGUGUGGAAUCUCUAUGGAAAGAGCAUUAAAACCUCACAGAUCGCCAAUGCUGUUCUGUGGUUCAAACUGGCGAUCGCACUCACUCUGACCGGGAUCCAAAUCGCUACAUUAAUCUUAUGGGUCCAAAACAACACAAUUCGCACUGCUAUCCCGGCCGUGGCUCUAUCUGUGUUAGACGUGCUGUUCAUCACUGUGCUGUCAUUCAUCGAGCACAGUCGCUCCGUCCGGCCAUCGUCAUUGCUGAGCGUGUACUUGCUACUCUCCAUUCUCUUUGACUGCGUGCAGCACAAAGGAAAGUAUCUGAAUCCCGCACAUCGCGAAAAACAUCCACCAGAAGAAUUAAGCGGGAUAUUCGGUCGGACUGUCUUCUCAUGGCUCAAUGCAUUAUUUGUUCAAGGAUUUCGCAAACUCUUGACCUUGGAUGAUCUCUUUCCCACAGACGACGGAUUGAACUCGGAAUAUUUGAUGAACAGAUUGAAAGUGACCUGGGCAAAGUACAAAUCGAACCGUCCACGCAGCAUUAUAUAUGCGACAGUGUCCUGCCUGCGAUGGCCAAUUUUCCGUGUCGUCUUUCCGCGCCUGUGUCUGAUAGGAUUUAGCUACGCGCAAACAUUUUUCAUUGAACGCGCACUAAACCUUCUGAACCAGCCGGAAACACAGAGUUCGAGGAAUGAUGGAUAUGGUCUAGUUGGCGCUGCCGCGCUCAUCUACGGCGGCAUAGCGAUAUCGUCCGUACAUUAUCAGCAUCAACUCUAUCGCAUGAUCACCAUGUUCCGAGGUGCAUUCGUUGCUCUGAUCUACGGCCACUCGAUGACUCUUCGCGACGGACAAUAUGAUGAAUCUGCGGUAAUCACGCACAUGAGCACAGAUGUAGAUAUGAUCGCCAGAUCUCUAGAGCAGCUAAAUGAACUCUGGGCGCGUGUAUUGGAGAUUGCCAUAGGGAUAUGGCUUCUGGAAAGACAAAUGGGAGCGAUUUGUGUAGCUCCUGUGCUGGUGGUUCUUUUUUGUACAUCCCUCCAGACAUAUAUGGCAACAUUUAUGCCGGCACGGCAGAAGUUAUGGAUGGGAGCCAUCGAGCGCCGUAUAGGCGUCAUCUCCAUGACACUAAAAUCUAUGAGGAGUGUCAAAAUGUUGGGUCUCUCAGAUUCUCUUGGUACCAUGCUCCAAGACCGUAGAAGGCGUGAACUAGAUCUUUCAAGACAAUUUCGAUGGUUGAUUGUGUGGCUAAAUGUGGUUGCCAGCCUACCCCAAAUGUGCGCUUCCUUGGUGACAUUCGCGGCGUUUGUCAUUCGAUCUCAGAUAGACGGGUCCGAUCCUCUAUCAACUGCACAGGCGUUUACCUCCCUGUCCAUUAUUACUCUCAUUACCUCUCCGGCACUACAACUACUGGCCUCUAUUCCUGCAUUAACUGCCUCGAAUGCUGCCUUUGACCGUGUGUAUAAGUUUUUGACAUGCUCUGCUGGAGAUGAAGGAUUAAAUAGGACGCCUAUCGAGGACUCGAAUUAUUUUAGUGCGGAGUGCGAUAAAAACGUCGAUCAAAUCCCUAUAUCCGACAAUAAUAUGACUUGUUUUAAUGUUGGGAAGAACUCAUCAUCUGCAUCCUUCACUCCCUCUGACCAGUUGAUAUUGACAGUGUCAGAAGCUCAUAUCAGACCAACCCCUAGUUCGCAGUUUUGUAUGCAAAGCAUCAAUCUAGCUGUCAAACCAGGAUCGAUCACAGUCCUCACGGGACCAAUUGGCUCUGGUAAAUCAACCCUCCUCAAAGCUAUUAUGGGAGAAAUACCCUGUGAGAAAGGGCGUAUCACGCUUCAUAACAACAACGGUAUUGCUUAUUGCGAACAAACCCCCUGGUUUCAGAAUACAACAAUUCGAAAUAACAUUUGUGGAUAUUCCGGUCUUAUGCAUCUAGAAUGGUACAAUGAGGUCAUUGAUGCAUGCGCGUUGAAAGAUGAUUUGGAUAGGAUGCCUAGUGGUGAUGGAUCCGUCGUCGGAAGCCAGGGACUCACAUUGAGUGGGGGGCAGAAACAACGUCUGGCGUUGGCUCGUGCGCUCUACUCGAGGAAAAGGCUUCUCAUUCUUGAUGAUGUACUAAGCGCAGUUGAUUGGCAGACGGAGCAAAUCAUUCUCAACAGAGUGUUUGGUAAGGAGGGGAUUUGCCGGAGGACAGGCCUAACUGUGUUGAUGACAGCACAUUCCCGAAGACAUCUCAGUCUAGCCGACGAGGUCAUGGUUUUGAAUACAAAGGGUUAUGUUGUGAAACAGGGGUCCUUCGAGCCUACGCUACUCACAGACGAAGCAACACAGCUGGAGCAAUCCGGCUUGCCUGGUAGUUCUGACGAAGGUUCUUCUCUGAGGGAAAAGAAAGUCACAGUUCCAAAAUUAUUAACACCGGAGAUUGUGUCGGAUAUGUCUCGUCAGACCGGCGAUAUCGCAGUUUACUCGUACUACUUGAGAGCCAUUGGGUGGCCUUUGGUUCUCGGGGCAAGUUUUAUAAUCCUUGUCUACACAUUUUCGGCCAGCUUUCCCCAGGUGUGGUUGGAUAUGUUCACCGACAAUAACGAAAUAGAUCCCGGUCUGUUUAUUGGAAUAUACAUUCUUCUCGCUGUCGCUGCCUCAGCGUCACAAGGUUUUAUGAUAUGGCAGAUUAUGAUCAAUAUUGUUGUCAAGUCAGGAUUGGCGUUACAUAAGGUCCUUGUGCACUCCGUGAUGAAUGCUCCCAUGCAACUAUUCACCGAAGUUGAUUCCGGGGUUAUUUUGAAUCUGUUCAGUCAGGAUAUGACUAUCGUGGAUGCUGUUUUACCGACUAUGGCCUUCGGGACUAUCCUAGGCUCAAGCUACAUGGCUCUCACUAUCAUCCCGACCCUUGUUGUUCUAUACCUGACACAGAAGGUCUAUUUGCGAACAUCCCGGCAAAUUCGAUUUCUCGACCUGGAAGCGAAAAGUCCUCUCUACACCCACUUUGCGGAGACUCUCACUGGUUUAACUACUAUUCGAGGAUUUGGGUGGCAGGCCAACUUCCUGUCUGAUUGCCUCCGGCGCCUGGAUAUCUCUCAAAGGCCGUAUUAUCUCCUCUUCUGUAUUCAGCGAUGGCUCAAUGUGGUCCUUGACCUUCUAGUCGCUAUUCUGGCAGUUAUAUUAACUGCAUUGGCGACAUCUCUACGCGAAUCAACUGAUUCUGGAAAGCUGGGAGUUUCUCUGACAGCUAUCAUGGCGUUUAACCAGUCCCUUCAGGACUUAGUGAGUAGCUGGACUGCGAUGGAGACGUCUCUGGGUGCUGUUUCAAGAACGAGAUCGUUUGAAUUGAAUACUCCAUCCGAGCAUCAAUCUGGAGAGGACUUAGACCCGCCUUCAGACUGGCCAUCAUGUGGAAAAGUCGAGGUGCAAUCUGUCUCUGCAUCAUACGAUGGGGUCACGAACGUCUUAGAAAACAUCAGUUUCACAAUUCGUGCUGGGGAAACGGUUGGAAUAUGUGGAAGGACUGGCAGUGGUAAAAGUACUUUGCUGUCAAUGCUCCUUCGCCUUCAUGAGCCCAAAGCCGGUAAAAUUUUUAUCGAUAAUAUUGAUAUCAGCACCAUCCCACGCAACAUACUGCGCACACGCCUGAUCACCAUUACUCAGGAUCAUCUACCAGCCAUUCCAGGCUGCUCAAUCCGGUUAAAUGCCGAUCCAAGAGGGAUUGCACAGGAUGCAGAGAUUAUGUCAGCCAUGGAGAAGGUCGGUCUACUCGCAUUGAUCCAAUCCCGUGGAGGUUUAGACGGUGAGGAUUUGAACACGCACCCGCUAUCUCAAGGAGAACAGAAAUUAUUUGCGCUAGCCAGAGCACUGAUCACCAAAUGGACACGGGACAAGGGUAUUACCCAUUGUAGGGGGAUCCUAAUACUUGAUGAAUUUACGGCUGGUACAGACGAAGAGACUGAGCGAUUGAUGCUUGACAUUAUUGACGAAGAAUUUGCGGGCUACACAAUCAUUGAAAUUACCCAUCAGAUUGGCGUGGCGAGGAAAAGGUUGAACAGGAUAUUGAACUUAGUAUCUGGCCAACUAGAUGAUGUUACUUCCAGUUCGCAUUAG